AUGCAGACAGACGACAUACUCUCAAAAGCCAUCCCUAUUGAUGUGAGCGAGUACGACUCGCCGCGCGAACUUACACUGCAACGCGCAGCUGAUCGGGUUAGCUUUAAGCUACCUGCACAGAUUAUCAAGGAUCACUUGGUGCUUAUGCGUGCCUUUUAUGAGCUCCGAAACUGUGUUGAGCGGAGAAGCGAUAUAGAGGAGCUUCCCAGGUAUACGGAGAAAGCAUGUGAUGUGAAACCUCUGCAACCGCGCCAGGAGAAAGAAGACAAGCCUCAUUGGGUCGCGUUUUUGCAUCGUGCAGUAUAUCGCUUUGAGCUGUACCUGAAUCUACUAUUUCAGCUACCUGAAGUGCAGGACCAUCCGCUGCAUUACUCUCAACUCGAUUUACCACAUAAGCAUAUAAUGAGCACCAAGCUGCACAAGACCAAGACGUUCAAUGUCCCUAGCAACUGCCUUCCGCCUUUGGACGUCGCUUUGGUAUGGCAUGCAUACCGCCUGAACCCGUCGCGUAUAUACGAGGAUGCCUAUCGCGACCCAUCGCGUGCUGCGCUGGCCUUGUUUGAGUUCCCUUUGGAGCAGCUCGUGCCUACUAUUGAUGACAGGACGUGGCAAAUUGAUGCGCCAUCCUCAGCCUCUACGUGGGAGCAAAUGACAGAUUUUCCUUUCAAUCCGCUUGUACAUGAUCCAUCAUCUCUCACGGAUGGAAACAUGGAAGAAAUUCUUAUAUCGUGCCCACGUUGUUCUGACCAGAAUUUGUCGUCAUGGGAGACCCUGGGUCGGCCUGGAUGGAAGACCAAAUGUCCGCACUGCGGGUUUGAAUUUGGACGAAAUGAGCUUCUUGGCCGACGUUUCCUUUCAGACGUGACCAAGUGGUGUGAGGGUGGGAAUGAUAGCUCUGGCUUCCGACUUCGCGGAGGUGUGAUAUCCGCUCAGAAUUCCUUCUUUAUUCGAUUUGAUCCUUAUGCGCCAAUUCUGUAUCCGCUGUUCGAAAACCAUCGUGAAGUGGAUCUGGUCAGGCAUGGACAAGCGGGGACGCGGCGACUUUCUCUCUCAGCUAAGGAGAUGCAAGGGCGGCGGCCUAUGCAAGACCGCCAGAUCCCAGAGAAGUUUGGCGAGGCGCAUGGGUUUGAUAUUGAGCGAAUGAUGAGCGCCAUCUGUGAGGUAAGCCGUGCGUAUCCGCAGCCCAAAGGCGUCAAAACGACCGUUUUGAAAUGUACGAAUCUACUCCAGCGGUAUUACAUGGACAGUCAUCCUCUAAGUGGAGCCAGCCUGGAUUUGGCUGCUUCCAUCCAGCGGCAAUUCCGCUUUUUGGAGGAUGCCUAUGCCUUGGGCUGGUUAGAUGAUCCAGACUCGGCGCAAAUCCCUCUGUCGAUUCAUCGUUAUCGUGAAUGGCUUGUCUUGAUUCCCUACAGCAAAGGCAUGCUUGCACCGACGUUGGAUAUUGACUUGGUAUGGCAUUCUCAUAUGCUAAGUUCAGAUUAUAUGUGGGAUAUGCGAUUUUCUUUAGAACUCUUUUUGGACCAUACAGACAAGGUGGACGAACGGACCAUGGCUAAGGCUGUGAAGGAUACUGAGGACAUAUGGGAACAGGCUUAUGGCCGCUCUUUCCUUACGGGUAGCAAGACCCAUCGGGGUGGAAUGCUACAUCGUUUCAAACAGAAACUUGCCACGUACAAAUCGGACUCAACAGACGAGGAGACGGAGCCUGAAAUGAAGGUAAGUCGCGUACAAGAAGUGCAGUUGGUACCGCCUGAGACUUUCCAUGAGUUGCCUCUGGAGAAACGUGCGUUUUAUGAAUCUACAGCUCUUCCUCCUAUCGGCAGAGCAUCAUGCGUUGCGGGUGUCGUACCCAUUGGUCCAUUCAUUACAAACUACAAGAACUACGAUCCGGGCUCGUACAACGUGAGAGGCGCUUUUACCAUGUAA